AUGGCAAGCCUGGCACGCAGGCCUCAAAGUGCACACCCUGGCAAGGCCUGGAGCAGCAUGGCCAAUAUGCUGCCAGCCAGGAUCCGAAUUGUGAGUGGCGCGCAGAGUUGGUGCCAGGGCAGUGGUCUGUGUGGAAGAGGGUCACAGGGUCCCUGGGGGCCUUUGUCAGCGCUUGUAAUGUGUACUUCUGGUGCCUUGCUGCGGCGAGGAGUGCAGGUCCGCGCGAAGCGGAUCUUCGCGUUCACUGGACUGAAGGGCGGUCUGAGACCGCAAAGCCCCGCCUCGGCGGAUCUAGGCUUUCUGAUGGGCCUCCAGGGCACCGAGCAAGACCAAGUCUUGGUGGAGCCCUACCAUGCGGAUGAAGGUGCCCUACUGCUGGCAGCUGAGCAGCGGCGCACAGCGCUGGCUGCCUGGGGCUUUGGGGGUGAUGAAGGGCUGCCGGAGGUGGUGGACCUUGCAGGGGCCUGGAGACGCGAUCGCAGAGCAGAAGACUGGGAGCUUUACUGUUGGUCGCCAGAGCUGCUGCGUGAGCUGCGGCAUUCCAUGGACUUUCCAGUGGAGCUCCAUGGCAAGAAAUGGGCUGCAAGCUGUGCUGCACGGUGGCGCCAGGACUUUAGCCACGCGCUGCGCCGGGACAUUGUGGCGCUUGCGGCGGAGAAACCUGUCAUUUGCAGUGAUAUGACAGAGGCCAUGAAAGCGAUUGACUGUGCAGGCACCGAGGAUUUCGGUGCCUUCGUCAAAGCAGAGUUCGGCUGGGCGGGACAAAGCAAUCGCACCUGCCGGCCCAGCGACACGGAGGCCCAGCGAGGACACUUCGUGCGCUGGCUCUCGGCGCGUCUACGCGAGGGAACGGUGCUGGUGGAGUCGGAACGCCAGCGCAUCCUGGACUUCUCAGUACAAUUUGAUGUCACUGCUGAUCAAACCUCUAUUUUUAGCAAGAACAUUUUCCACACCAAUGAGCGUGGGCAUUUUCGGGCCACUGACCUGACUCCUGAUGCUUGGGAGACAGCCUGGGCUGCGGCCCUGCCAAUGGCUUCUGGCAAGGACGCGGUGGAACUUGCUGACUGGACUGCGGAAUCCGUGGCACAGUGCGUGGGCACGGCACUUCAAGGAGCUGGUUACGUGGGACCCUGCGGUGUGGAUGGUUUCCUCUACCGAGAUCGUGGCAGGAUACACCUACAACCGGUCAGCGAUGUGAACCCCCGGCAUACCAUGACGCGCCUGGCGGUGCAGGUGGCAAAACGCUGUCCCCAGGGAUGGCAACCGCGACAACUACGGAUGCUGCCACGGCACACGGCGGAGGAACUUCGGUCGAGUUUUGGCUGUCCACUGCCUGCAGAGCAUGCGGAGAGGUAUGGCCUCGAACCGGGGCUCUGUGCAAUAGCGCUGACUCCUUUGGGCCAUCCAAACAGCCGGCGCGGCAUCACGGCUUUGCUGACUGGAGAGUCACUCAGCACCUCAUCCUCGACCUCCACGUCCUUCACGUCCUCCACGUGGCAAAGCAGCAGUUCAGCGCUUCGAAGCUUUGCUCGGGGCGUUUUGCUGGAAGGCUCUUUGGGUGCCAAAUUGCGGCCGCCAAGCAGGGAACUGUACCGCCGUUUGCGGUCAGCUCCAGAUUUGAGCUGUGCAGAGAAGGAGAUGGACGUGGAUUGGCCACGGCGUGACAAGGAGAUCGACAUUUGCCGAGGUUUGAAGAGCGGCUACGAUCGUCUCCCAAAGAUGUCGCAGAUCUUGGCCUCCACAAAGGCCCAAAUCCAAUGCUUGCACAAGUUCGCAAAUCACGAGCUUCAGGCCAUCGAGAUGUUUGCCUGGGCUUUGCUACGUUUCCCGGACGCACCGAAGGGAUUGCGCUUGGGGCUGCUGCGGACUCUCGAGGAGGAACAGUCACACUGUCGCCUCUACUUGCAGCGUGCCCAUGCUCUGGGCGCGACACAUGGCUUGCCGCUAGGUGAGGCCCCUUUGUCAGGCUACUUGUGGCAAUGCCUUGAUGCAGUUCGUCUUGCCGAAGAGCCGCUCAUGUCGUUCCUUUGUGGAGUAGGUCUGACCUUCGAAGCGGCCAACUUGGAUCACAGCCUCCACUACCGCAACGUCUUCCGCCAGGCUGGGGAUCAAGAGACCGCUGAGGUGCUCCAGCGGGUCCAUGACGAGGAAGUCCAACAUGUGCGUUUGGCCAAUGUCUGGUUGCGGCGCCUGGCGAACAGAUCUGAGUCGGACUUGGAGCUCUAUCAACGCUAUGCUGUUCCACCAACCUUUGGCUUACACAAGGCACGCGGAAAAGGCUUCGCGGGCGCCGCCUCGCGCCGCUGCGCCGGGCUCUCGGAGGCCUUCGUGCAUGCGGCCAAGGAAGCCAGGCUUGGCGGGGGAAGGGGCCUGGGCGGCCAUAAGGAGGAUUUCGCGUUUUGGUCGGCCAGCCGCAUGGCUGUCCAGGAACCUAUCAUCAUGGGCUGCGGUGCCAGCGCCGAGGCCGGUGGAAAGGACCGUAUCAAGGACAAGAAGGCCGCCAAGGAUGAGAACAAGGCGUAUCAGAUGCAGUUACAGUUUCUAGAACAUGUGCCGCUGAUGAAGCGCCUGCCAAAGGACCAGCAUCCAUUGGUGGCCAGUGUCUGUGAGAUGCACGACUACAAGAAGGGGGACACUAUCUUCAAACAGGGUGACACCGGGCAAGAGUUCUUUGUGAUCCGAACAGGGGAGGCCUCCGUCUUUGUCGCAGACGAGAAGGGCGUCCAGAAAAAGGUCGCCGGCCUCAAGGCGGGCGACUACUUCGGUGAGAAAGCGCUGCUCCGUGAGGAGCCACGGACGGCCACCAUCAAAGCAGACACCGCCUUGAGCACCUUGAAGAUUACCCGAAAGGCAUUCCAAGAUUUAAGCCUUCAUGAGAAGCUUCAAUUUGCCAAUCGUCGGGCUGUUGGUGGUGGCGGCGGCGUGCCGCAGAAGGCCAAGCCGCCAACGGCCAAAACGAACGAUGAUGUGGCGUUGAUCACAGAGGCUUUGAGGAACAACGAGAAUCUUGCGACCAUGACAACGCUGGAUGAGGUGCGUUUGCGGGCCUUUGUCGAUGUCAUGUGGAAGGAGGAGGUCAAGGAAGGGCAGCGGAUUAUCGUCGAAGGCGACCUGCAGGCCGAUUAUUUCUAUGUUGUGGAGUCGGGAAGAUUUGAGAUCUUCGUCCAAGAGGAAGGUGAAGAGGGUGGAAACAGUGCAGAGCUGGCCAUGAGCCACGCUGAGAGCAAGGUCUUGAACGUGGUGUCUCAGGGCGGAAGCUUUGGCGAAUUGGCACUUCUCUACUUUGUGCCACGUGCAGCCACCGUCCAGGCGCUUUGA